UACUGUCAUUCUCUCACCGUUCCUCAACAAACACAGCGUUCGUUUCUUUUCACUGGCAGCACAUUUUUAUUCAGACACCAAACAUUGUUCUUCUGGCAGCUAGAACAAGAACAUCAACAGUCUCACAACAUGAACGGCGUCCUCCUCCUGCUCUACUGUGUAUCUGCCCUAUUGUAUGGAGCUGAUGGUAGAGACCAAGAUGAAACUUCAAACAACAGUACAGCAGUCAAUUCCACCAGCAGUCCAGAAUUCCCUGCUAGUUUCACCAAAGCUCCUGAAAACAGCAGCAUGAUGACCAGUGAGACAAGCACACCUGUCCUCUCAGCCUCCAGCAGCCACAGCACCACGACUGCACCUGUCUCAACGCACAGGACCACCACAACCGCAAUCCCACCCACCAAGGAAUCGACCAAAAAGGGAUGUGGGGUGGUGUACCUGGUGAGUGGAGUGCUGAUCCUAGUCUGCACUGUUCUGUUGCUCUCCACUUUGUUGUUGCUAUGGAAGGUGUGUCAGCUCAGACAACGCCUCAAGUCACUGAGUAGCAACGGAGACCUGAUCAGCAACUCUGAGUACUGGAUGGGAACGGCCAGGAAGAACAAAAGCAAACCAGAGGUGGAAGCCGAACAGACUGCCGUGUUAAUGAGCGAUUUCAGUGAGACACAGGAGGACGUGGGCAAUGAUAAUAAUGAAGACGAAGGCGGGAAGGGGGAAGCCAAGGAGAACAAGGACGGGCAAGUGGGAGAAGAGAAGAAUAAGGAGGUGGCAGAUGCUGUCAGCAGCAAGGAAUUUUUGUCAGGUGAGAAAAAGAAAGAGAUGACUGUGACUGAAAAUUCUCUCUCCUCAAAGCAGCAUGAGGAUGCCACUGAUUCCCAGUCCAGCAACGCUGUAGCUGCUUCCUCCUCCUCUUCCUCUGAGGCUGCAGAGAAACCAAAGGAUGCAGUGUAGCGCUGUGUGCAUGUGGAGUUUCCAGAGUGACUGCCUUUCACUUGUCUGUGGCGUUUAAAACCCCUUGAACUGUGAUUUACUCUGUACUCACAGACUUUUGCUUUUCCAGACUUCCUAAAUGGGUCAAACCAGAGUGAUUCAGGAUUGCAUUUGUUCAGCUGAGGCUGUGUUUCUGUCUAAUUUGCAUGUUUGAAUAUUAUAUUAUAUUAUAAUAUUUAUUUCUGCAGAUAAAU